CGCCUAUAAUAAAAGCUAAGACGGCAGCAUAAAAAAGAUACAAACCGAAAGGGUUAUGGCCUGCGAUUUUUCCGGCAAAUCGUCGCUCCGAUUUCUUCCAUUGUCGCCGCUGCUUUUUCACGCUUCCUUCAUCGUCUUCUGCAACCGGCCUGUGAACAUUUAGGUGAUAUGGCUGAAGCAAUUGAUUUGACUGGAGAUGGAGGUGUCUUGAAGACGAUUGUAAAGAGCGCUAAACCUGAUGCGAUUGCUCCUUCAGAGAGCCUUCCUCUUGUUGAUGUGCAUUACGAAGGGAGUCUGGCUGAAACAGGUGAAGUUUUUGAUACUACACAUGAAGACAAUACAAUAUUCACCUUUGAAAUUGGCAAAGGCUCUGUGAUCAAGGCAUGGGAUGUUGCUCUGAGAACAAUGAAGGUUGGGGAGGUUGCCAAAAUAACUUGCAAGUCAGAUUAUGCCUAUGGUAGUGCUGGCUCUCCGCCAGAGAUUCCACCAGAUGCAACUCUGAUCUUUGAGGUGGAGCUAGUGGCUUGCAGGCCAAGAAAAGGUUCUAGCGUGGCUAGUGCCUCAGAUGAGCGGGCUAGACUAGAUGAGCUGAAGAAGCAAAGGGAAAUGGCUGCCGCACAGAAGGAAGAAGAGAAAAAGAAGCGUGAAGAAGCAAAGGCAGCGGCUGCUGCUCGUAUUCAAGCCAAGAUGGAAGCUAAGAAAGGCGGCAAGGGAAAGGGGAAAGGAAAGUAGCCCAUCAAUAACUAAAGCAUGAUUUAUCUUUGUUUGAAUAAAACAUAUUUCAGAUUUAACUUGUUUCUUUAACUUAUCUUUGAAUACUUGAAGAAACAUAUAAGCUGUUGAACACUUGAACAUGGCUCACUUUCCCUUUAUUUAAUCUUGGUUUAUAACGUUUUAUUAGCGACAA